AUGGACAACGAGCAGCCACAUCAAGAGCUCGUGAAAUGCGUAGUAGUCGGCGACACAGCAGUGGGCAAGACGCGACUUAUCUGCGCACGCGCAUGCAACAAGCAUGUUUCGUUAUCGCAGCUGAUGACCACGCAUGUGCCUACUGUAUGGGCCAUCGAUCAGUACAGGAUCUAUAAAGAUGUUCUAGAGAGAUCAUGGGAAGUAGUAGAUGGCGUGAACGUAUCACUACGUCUGUGGGACACCUUCGGUGAUCACGAAAAGGAUAGAAGAUUCGCGUAUGGAAGAUCUGAUGUAGUACUCUUAUGUUUCUCCAUAACAAACCCUAUAUCCCUGAGAAAUUGUGGUGCUAUGUGGUACCCAGAAAUUAGACGGUUUUGUCCGAACACUCCGAUACUACUAGUUGGAUGUAAAAAUGAUCUUCGCUAUAUGUACAGAGAUGAAACCUACCUAAACUAUUGUAAAGACCGUAGUCCUUUUAUAAGGGCCCCUCGCAAAAGCGACCUGGUGAUGCCAGACCAGGGUCGUGCAUUAGCCCACGAACUGGGUAUAUAUUACUACGAGACGUCAGUGUUCACUUACUAUGGAGUUAAUGAGGUGUUCGAGAACGCUAUUCGAGCUGCAUUAAUCGCGAGGAGACAGCAACGCUUCUGGAUGACGAAUUUAAAAAGAGUACAAAGACCGUUGUUACAGGCACCAUUCAGACCUCCAAGACCGAUGGAGCCUGAAGUGGCAGUAGUGAACAGCACGUAUCUGGAAAAUAUGACUACACUAUUACGGCAGCAGUAUUUUUCGGACAUGGUAAUAAUCUGCGGUGCAAAAGGAUUCCCGGUGCACCGGUUCAUGAUGGCGGCGGCCUGUGAAGCCUUCCAUCGGCUCCUUGCCAACGAAUGCGUCAGCCUCUCCGCAGAACUCGCGCGCAGCUCCAGCGAGAGUAGUAUGGUUAGCAGUAUGGGCGAUGCAACUACCGGCGAGUUUAACGAAGACACCGAAUAUUUAAUACGACAGGACCAAGCCAAACAAAUGAGGGUGUGGGACCAGAUAAAACGCCGUUCUUCCUGCCAGAUUUUACCUCUGAGUGACAGCUGUAAAAAGCCGCCAGACUUAUACAGAGAGGUCAACCAUCCUGCAAUACUGUCAAUAAGAGUCGUGAAGUGUGACAAAAUCCAACAUGCGACAUCCCAAACCCAGACGAUCGUGACCAUGAGUAAGCUCAUCUCUCAAACCGUGAUGCAGGAGAUCAUUAACUUUACCUACACCGGGGGAUUGGACAGUAGCGCAUUCAAACAACAGGAAAUACGCCAGGCGGCCGAGAUGCUCGGAUUCCACGAGCUAACCAAACUCAGCCAGUUCAUACUGGAUGAACAUCUGCUCUUUGAUAAAGGAUUCAUGCUGCAAUUUCACACGCCCCUUCCUCAACGUCUGCGUGACAUGUAUGUAGAACGUAGUCUGUUUGCUGACGUAACGUUCGACCUGGACGACGGGAUCCACCUCGCUCACCGCGCUGUUCUGAUGGCACGAUGCGACCCAAUGAAGGCGAUGUUCCAAGGACACUUUAGGGAAAGCACUUCAAGAGUGAUAUCAUUCCCCGGCGUAAAAAUGUACGCAUUUCACAUUCUGCUGAGCUACAUAUACAGUGACAAAAUCCCAGCGGUGGAUCCAAAUAGGUGUCUGGAGCUCUUGGAGCUGGCUAACCGACUGUGUAUGAACCGGUUGGUAAACCUCGUGGAGGCCAGGGUCAUCGAUCAACUGCAGCAGAGGGACAGGGUAUGUGGUGAUGACGACCAAGUGGUGGAGAUAGCAUUAUCUUUGUUGGAGCCGGUCAAGUUGCACAACGCGCACCACCUGGCGGACUGGUGCACGUGGCGGCUGUGCGGCGCCUACGACCGCGUCUGUCGCGCGCGACACCUUAGCGCCGCCUCCCGGGACUACCUGUCCGACAACCGGUAUCCGCCCGUCUGGUAUGUGAAGGAGUUCGAUUAUUACCAAAAGUGUGUAAACGAACAAAGUAAAGAACAGAAGGAGCUUCGACCAACUACAUCACUACAAGCAAACCAACAAACGGGCUGUUUAUGUUUUACUAGCAAAGUGCGUCGUGAUAGCGAGCCCGCCCCUGACGUCACGACUGCGCUGUGCCGCAGCUCUGAGGUCACUCACCAACACCAGCCGACCGCGCCUCUCUGA